AUGUCUCCCGACCCAAUCUCCAUCCCACUCUUCGCCGAAACACAGCUCCAGCUCCUCCUACAAGAACACGAAGCCGAAGUCUCCUCCUCAUCACUCGCAACAACUGCCGCAUCCGUAUCCCCAUCUACGCGCCGAACUCUACAAGCAACCGGAUACGCGCUCACGGGUCUAAUCCUAUCACAAUGCCGUACAGGUCUAGGUGGGCGCGUAGUUGGUGAAUUCGCACCAGACCCAGCCAUUGCGUCUACAGAGUCCGCAGAUGGACAACCACGUCUUGGAUCUCAUGGGAUUCGGGUUGGGGAUGUGGUUCGUGUGAAUGAUGUGGCUGGGGCAGCGAAGAAGGUCGGGAAGGAGAAGGAGAAAGAGAAGGGUAAGGAUGGUGCGAAAGGUGGUCCUGAGGGCGUUGUGACCAGGGUCAAUGAUAAGGGAAUUUGGAUCGCAUUUGGACAGCAAGGUGGAGGAGCCAGAUCAAAAGAAGAUGAUGAGGCGAUUGAGGAGUUAUGGGGCAAGAAGCUUUGGUGCAUUAAACUGGCGAAUGAUGUUACGUACAGACGAAUGAAACAAACGAUGGAGAAGAUGGCUAAGUUAACAGAGACGGAUCAUUCGCAUUUUAUGCGCGUCGCUUUUGGGCACACAACUCCUCUACAGCCAGACUAUGACUCCGCAGGAGCGAUUGAGUUCCUUGAUCCUACAUUGAAUGAUUCUCAAAAGGAUGCUAUUCGCUUUGCGCUAGCUUCGAAAGACAUUGCGCUUAUUCACGGCCCACCUGGUACUGGAAAGACGCAUACAUUGAUCGAGCUUAUCUUGCAAUUUGUACAGCGGAAGAAACGGAUUCUUGUCUGUGGUCCGUCAAACGUGUCGGUCGAUAACAUAGUGGAGCGAUUGGCACCCAAAAAGGUGCCAGUUGUUCGUAUCGGACAUCCAGCACGUCUACUUCCAUCGGUACUAGAACAUUCCCUCGAAGUUCUUACCCAAACUUCCGACGCAGCUAGUAUAGUGAAAGAUGUGCGGAAGGAAAUGGACGAAAAGCAGGCUAGCAUUCGCAAAACUAAGAGCGGGAGAGAAAGAAGAGCGAUCUACGACGACCUCAAACAUCUUCGAAAGGAGUUUCGAGAGCGCGAGUCCAAGUGUGUGGAUAAUUUGGUUCGCGAGAGCAGUGUUGUCUUAGCAACCCUGCACGGUGCCGGUGGUCAUCAAUUGAAGAAUCAGAAAUUUGAUGUGGUGAUCAUUGAUGAAGCAAGUCAAGCACUCGAAGCUCAAUGCUGGAUAUCACUGCUGUCAGCCAAUAAAGUGGUUCUAGCUGGUGACCAUCUUCAACUGCCGCCUACGGUCAAAUCAUCCAAUCAAAAGUCCAAGACUUCAAAUGCAAAGAGCGAUGCGCCACCAAAGGAGAUAUCGAAGGGACUAUCCCUCGAACGGACAUUGUUUGACCGCCUACUAGCAUUGCAUGGACCCGACAUCAAACGCAUGUUAACCACGCAAUAUCGUAUGCAUGAGAAAAUCAUGCGUUUCCCUUCAGUCCAACUCUACGAGUCAAAGUUGAUAGCAGCCGACUCUGUCAAAGAGCGUCUAUUGGCUGAUUUGCCAUAUGAAGUGGAAGGCACAGACGAUACUCAAGAGCCCCUUGUUUUCUGGGAUACGCAAGGCGGCGAUUUCCCCGAAAAGGCGGAAGACGACGACAUUGGCAAAAAGGAAGCACUCAUGGGUGAGAGCAAAAGCAAUGAGAUGGAAGCUCUGGUUGUUGCUAGACACGUUGGCAAUCUGGUGGAUGCAGGCGUCAAGCCUGAAAGUAUUGCCGUUAUCACUCCUUACAACGGUCAGCUAGCAGUCUUGUCUCACAUGCUCCGAGAAAAAUAUCCUGGCCUAGAAUUGGGAAGUGUGGAUGGCUUUCAGGGUCGUGAAAAGGAGGCUGUAGUUGUCAGUCUUGUUCGUAGCAAUGACAAGCAUGAAGUGGGAUUUUUGGGCGAGAAACGACGUCUGAAUGUGGCUAUGACUCGACCCAAGCGACAUCUCUGUAUUUGUGGAGACUCAGAUACCAUCAGUCGUGGUAGUACAUUUUUGAAACAUUGGAUGGAUUACUUGGAGGAAAAUGCCGAUCUACGAUACCCCGAUGCCGGCGACUUACUCUAG